AUGAGAUUCGCUGAGGCUUCACAACUUUCUGAAUCACUCUCACUCUUGGUUCUAACGUUUUCUUCGCUGAUCGGGUUGGCCAACUUGGACAGCUUGUACCUCGUUGGAUAUGCAUGGCUGUUUGGAAUGUCCGUCUGGAUCUCAUUCUUUGGAGGGAUAAUCGCCUUCAGAACUCUACCGCGACACCAGUUCGGUGCUCUCCAACACAGGACGUUCCCCGUGUACUUCGUUAUCUCAAUCCUUCUGUCAUCUGGCCUGCUCUCGGCAUGGAUCUUCAAACACCCAGACGUUCUCGACCAACUCACGCGACCCAAUGUCGCUGAUGUUGCUCAGGUCUACGCUCUUGCGAUCGUGCUGCUCGGGCAGGCAAGCAAUUACUUCAUCAUCGGGCCGUUGACGAGCAAGACGAUGUUCCAGCGCCAGAAACUCGAGAAGGAAGAAGGCAAGACCUAUAACGAGCCUGGGGUGUCGAAGGAGAUGAAAGCUCUGAAUCAUCGCUUUGGAGUGCUCCACGGUGUUAGUUCUCUCGCCAACCUCGGUGCUGUCCUUGCACUAGGCUUCCAUGGCUUGUGGAUUGGGAAUGCAGGCGCCAAAGGAUCCUGA